AUGACGUCGCUCAUCGGCCAGUCUGAGACCAUCGGAUACUCCUUCUCCGAACCAACAUCCGCUAAUGUCAAACAACAUUCAUUCUACCCUUACACCGACAAUGGUGGUUCCACACUCGGCAUCACUGGAUCUGAUUUCGCCAUUCUCGCCGGUGACACUCGUUCUACAUCAGGCUACAAUAUCAACUCUCGAAUGGUCCCCAAGGUCUUCAAGAUCGGUGGGGAUGAUGAAACCGGUGCCGGAGCCAACAUCCUCCUUUCCGUUGUUGGUUUCGCGGCCGACGGCAACGCUCUCAAGGAAAAGCUGGAUACUGUGGUGAAGAUGUACAAGUACCAGCACGGGAAAGCCAUGUCAGUUAGCGCAUGUGCGCAGCGACUGUCAACCAUCCUCUACGAGAAGCGAUUCUUCCCUUACUACGUACAUGCCAUUCUGGCUGGUCUGGAUGAGGAGGGUGUGGGAGCUCUGUACAGCUACGAUCCCGUGGGUUCAUACGAGCGGGAACAGUGCCGCGCUGCCGGUGCCGCGUCGAGCUUGAUCAUGCCUUUCCUGGAUAACCAAGUCAACUUCAAGAACCAAUAUGUUCCUGGGAGCGGAGAGGGACAUGCUCUCGAGCCCAAAAAGGCCGAGCCUUUGCCCAAGGAGACUGUCAAGCAGCUUGUGCGGGAUGCCUUUACAAGUGCUGUGGAAAGACACAUUGAGGUUGGUGAUGGCUUGCAGAUGAUGAUUAUCACCCGAGAGGGUGUUGAGGAAAUUUACCACGCUUUGAAGAAGGAUUAG